AUGUGCUCGGAGCCGGGCCGCGGCCACCAGCGAGGGAGCAGGGAGGGGGUCGCUCGCCUCGCUCGCGGGCCGGGCUCGUGUGCGCCGCGGCCGGCCUCCGCGCGCCAGGUGCCGCCGCCCGCGGGCCUCCCCAUCGCCGUCGCGCAGGUGCACGAGGGCCCGGAGCAGGGGAGGAGCAGCGCGGAGGGGGCAGGGUGGGAAAUCUCAUCGAAAUGUUACAGGAAACAAACAACAGAAGAAGCAAACCACAUAGGUUCGCUGGAUCGUGUGGUUCGACCCGCUCCUAAUGGCCGCCGCACACGGUGCCGGCGGAAGCGGAGGCGGGGGAUCCAGCAGGAGACACCGGCGGAGGCGGGGACCGAGCAGGAGGAGGCACCGGUGGAGGCAGGGACCGAGCAGGAGGUGCCGGCAGGGACCGAGCAGGAGGUGCCGGCGGGUACGGGGACUGAGCAGGAGGCGUCAGCGAAGACUGUGCCGUUGGCGACUGCGGUGCCGGCUACGGUCAAGAAGAAGUGGAACCUCCCCGAGAUGCCAGGUCAUCGCACUCUCGCCGGGGACGCUGCUGGCCACGAACCACGCGGCACUCGCUCGCUGGCGCCAUCCUGCUCCCGCCCUCCUCCUCCCAAGCAAAUGUUACUAUCGCCUGACAUCUUGUACCCCGCUGUUACUUCCACACCAGUGUUGCAGUCUCUGAGGAGGACAAUCACAGAUGACUGCUCAAAGAAGUAUCAGGAAGAAAAACAAGUUCUGCUAGAUGUUUUGAAGAAUGUCAAGGGCAGAGUUUCACUAACAAUGGACAUGUGGACCUCUAACCAGACCUUGGGAUAUAUGUGUAUCACAUGCCACUUCACUGAUGAUGAUUGGAAGAUGCACAACCGAACUUUGAAGUUCUCAUUCAUGAAGACUCCACACACGGAUGUUGCCAUGUUCAAUGCUGUUUUGAGGUUUCUUCAGGAAUGGAACAUCGAAGAUAAGCUAUUUGCAGUCACAUUGGAUAAUGCCAGCAACAAUAAUGCUAUGAUGAAGCUAUUGAAGUCCAAUUUGUUGGAGAAAAAAAUAUUGUUGGGAAAAGGGAAGUUGCUGCAUCAGAGAUGUGCAGCACACGUGCUGAAUCUGAUAUGCAAAGCAGGACUUGAAAUCAUCAAUCCAAUUGUGCACAAGAUAAGGGAAAGUGUAAAGUAUGUUCAGGGGUCCACUUCACAGAAGCAGAAAUUUGAAGAAAUCAUUCAGCAGCUGUCUCUCUCUUGUGAGAAGCGCCCAAAGGUUGAUACAUGUACAUGUUGGAAUUCAACAUAUCUUAUGUUGAAGAUUUCUUUUAAGUUGAGGAGAGCUUUUGACUCAUUGGGACAACAAAAUCAAGAAUAUACCUUUGCACCUACAUCUGAAGAGUGGGAAAAGUCUAGAAAAGUACGGAAGUUGUUGAAGAUCUUCUUUGCUGCCACCACAGUUGUCUCAGGAACACUCUAUCUAACAGCAAAUUUACACUUUCAUGAGAUUUGGGAAAUCAGAUUGGUUUUGGAGAACCAAGUUCCUGAAGCAGAUGCAGAACUUGCUGAGACAAUUCAAUAUAUGCAAAGAAAGUUCAGAAGGUACUGGAAAUUGACGUGGCUGCAAAUUGCAUUUCCUGUCAUCUUUGAUCCACGUUUCAAGCUUAAAUUCAUUGAUAUUCGUUUGAAACAAGCCUUUGGGAGUGAUGCUGAGGCAAAGAUUGAAAUUGUGAAGAAGACCUUGCUGGAGAUAGUCAAGAAACAACACAAGCUCCUAGUGUUACAGUACAGACAAAUGCAAGUGGAAGAUAUGCUGAUUGGGAUAACCAUGUCAAUCUCAAUACCCAACCUACCAAUGAGGUACCUUCUGAGCUAGAAUCUUACUUAUCAAAACCAGCCAUACCACGAAGUGAUGGAUUCUUCGAUAUCCUGGGUUGGUGGAGGAGCAAUGCGCUGGAGUAUCCAACUCUGUCCUGAAUGGCUAGAGAUGUUUUGGUGGCCCCUGCUUCAUCAGUUGCAUCCGAGUCAGCAUUCAGCCAUGCGAAGAGACUUAUCUCAGAUUUUCGAAGCCGCUUAUCUCCAAAGACUGUGGAGGAAUUGAUGUG